AUGCGCUUCUCUACCACAUCUGCCGCCGUUGUGGCGCUUGCGGCCUCUUCCCAAGCUAUGAACAUCUCAACUACUUCCGACCUUGACGGAUCUGUGUGGCAGGCCCUCGCUCCCGUUCAGGCCCGAACUUUUGAGGAUAUGCCCCGUAACCGUCCUAUCAAGAGACAAUCCGGCUGGAGCCCUCCCUCCAACAUCGUCACUCCCCUCAAAGAGGUCUGGGAUCACUGCAAGAGCACCUACUCUAAUUUCUUCGGCUUCAAGAACUACGGUUGGGAUCAAGUCAUCGCCACCAAGGGCACCAUCAACGUUUGUGUCCGCUGGGAAUCGAGUGCUUCUGUCACAGAGGCUCAGCGCACUCAAGUCGCCAAGGCCCUCAACACUGCCCACCAAGGCUGGUACAAGUGGCUUUAUGGCUAUGAUAACUUCCCUUACACCGACAUUAAGGUCAACGUUGUCGGUUGGGCCGUUCGUGACAAAAGCCUUCUUCAGGGUUCUACAUCUGGCAUCCAGGUCUACACUGACAAGGACGCCGAAGGGAUCCCCCAGUGCGCUGAGUCUUGCGGUCGUUUCUUCAACCAGAAUGGCGACUACAGCAAGUGCGCGGCUGGUGCUGACCGGCACUACGACCAGUCUCUCUGGCUCACCGAUGGCAUGAACGGUGGUGCUGGCGGCGACUGGGGUCAGCGUAUUGGUCGCGAGUACUUCAUGGGCGCCCUUGACUCUGCCAGUGCCCACAUCCUCCAGCACGAAAUUGGACACACCUAUGGCCUUGAUGACUACCAUAACAUACACAUGAUCGUCCGUGUCAAUGCUGACCCUAAUAUAGACUGGACCCCGACGGGUGUCACCAGCUUCAUUAUGCUCGCUGGAUCUGCCGCUCAGAUCACCGACUUCGACGGAUGGAUGCUCCGCAACUGGUGGUACGAGCUCUCCCGCGAACGUGGAUGGCAGUCCGGCACCUCGAGCUCUGGUUCCUCCGGCUCUGCUGCCCCCGCGAGCACUGCGUCCGCCAAGCCCACCGCCAAGGCACUGAGCUCUGCUCCCGCUGCCGCUGCCGCCACCACUGCCGCCGCCGUCCCGACUCAACCAGCUAACUCUGGAGCAACCGUUGGCGCUUGGGCUCAGUGCGGUGGCUCUGGUUACACGGGCGCAACAGCGUGCGUUUCCGGCUUCCAGUGUGUCAAGACCAACGAGUGGUAUUCCCAGUGCCUUUCUGCAUGA